UACCGGUCCAGCUGAUUCUAUGGCUGACCGACAUUGAGAGCGCAGCCGUAUAAGAUAAGGGGAAGAGAGAGAAGAAAUAUUCUCUUUUGCUUUCAUUUUCUGUGUAGCAUUUUCCCUUCCAAGUUCAAGCAAAGUGAAGAAUUUUCCCAGAAAACAAAAAAGCUUUGAUCUGAGGUGCUUCAUUUGUUCUCAAGGAUUCAAUACAGACACUGAGAUUUUUAUUAUUGUCUUCUGCAGUAAUGAUGUCCGAAGAUGCAGUUUUAGUUCCCUCCACCAUCACAGGGUUUGCUCAAGAGCCCGAUUUCAACCCUAACCCUAACCCUAAUAUAAAUAAUCAAUUCAAAAGGAAGAGAAGUUUACCUGGAACGCCAGAUCCAGAUGCAGAAGUGAUAGCUAUGUCCCCAAAAUCUCUAAUGGCCACAAAUCGGUUCGUUUGCGAAAUUUGCAACAAGGGUUUCCAGAGAGACCAGAACUUGCAGCUUCACCGACGUGGCCACAACCUUCCGUGGAAGCUCAAACAAAGAUCAAAAACAGAAGUUAUUCGGAAGAAGGUGUACGUGUGCCCGGAAAAGACUUGCGUGCACCACGAGCCAUCGCGAGCGCUCGGAGACCUCACCGGAAUCAAAAAGCACUUCAGCCGAAAGCACGGCGAGAAGAAGUGGAAGUGUGAGAAGUGCUCAAAGAAAUACGCAGUUCAAUCGGAUUGGAAGGCGCAUAGCAAAGUUUGUGGGACUAGAGAGUAUAGAUGUGACUGUGGCACUCUCUUUUCCAGGAAGGAUAGCUUCAUAACACACAGAGCCUUCUGUGAUGCAUUGGCGGCUGAGCAAAGUGCAAGAUUUUGCUCAGCUUCAACUAUUCAUCCAAGCUUCAUGAAUGGGUCAUUUACCAAUAAUGCCCAUGAACCACAAAGAAUCCCAAAUUUUAUACCAAUGUUUCAGUCGGAAUUUGCUGGCUCUGACCAUCUAGCAGCCAACAAUUCUCAUCUCAGCUCUAAAGCUUUUAUGCCUGAAAUGCUGCAAACGGCAUCAAUGGACAUGUUUGGAUCGUCUUCAUCGUCAUCUCAGAUGCAAUGGCUCAUUAACAACAAAAAGUUCGUGGAAGAAUCAUCAUUUGCAAAUGCCAACAAUCUCUCUAUGUCAUCGGCGCUGUUACUUCGGGGAGUGCUAAAGGAGGAGGAAGAAUCCAAAGGGAGUUUCUCUGAAACAAUUACCACCACUACCACCUCUUUCUAUAAUAACAACAUUAAUAACAAUCAGAACCACCACCAACAAAAACCCGUGUCAGCCACAGCACUUCUGCAAAAAGCAGCUCGAAUGGGAUCUACAACCAGCAACAACAACCCAGCUACAGCAUUCAACGACGCCGCCUUUAACUUCAAUGAUUUGGUGAAUUUUAUGUCUCCUUCGUCAACUCAAGGAGCCACAGUUGGAGAUGGGUCACUGUUCUUGAACAACAAACACUUGAUGAUGUCAGCUGAAGCAGCAGCCAUGACAAAACAAGGACAAAGUGAGCAAAGUAGUUUAACCAGAGACUUCCUUUGAGUAGGAGGAGGUGAUGCAAUAUUUAGUGGUGGAUUGUCUUUCUUUCAACAAGAGCUAGCAAAGUUAGCUUCUAUGAGUGACUUGAGCCAAUAUGCUAGUACUACUACUAGUAGUCGGCAUCAAUGACAUAAUUUACAAGGCAAUUAUAAUUAUAAGGAAGACUUUGUUGUACUAUAACUAGAGUUUUAGAUGAAAUGAAUACCAAUGGAAUUA